AUGUCGUCCCCUCCACCAGGAUUCUCAACAGGCGCCAACUCGCCGCAAUUCUCUUCAGAUCCAUCUACGCCAGCCACGGAGCCUGAUGAUCCGCUGGACGUUGACGCCGACGAAUAUGUUCUCGUAACAGGUGGCCUAGGAUUCAUUGGCAGUCACACAUCUCUAGAGCUUCUCAAAGCUGGCUACAACAUCAUUAUCGUCGACAAUCUAAGCAAUAGCUACAGAGAUGUCUUUGCGCGCAUCAUUGCAGCCGCAAAGCUGCACUAUGAGCCAUUGGGUCGUGCAAUUCCCAAGGCAAAGCUCUGCUGCGCAGAUUACCAAGACAUGUCUGCAAUGGGUGUCUUACUCGGCACCCACCUGACCCGGAACCCCGGCAGCACGACAACCCGAUCAAAGAUCACAGGCGUAAUCCAUUUUGCGGCUUACAAAGCAGUCGCAGACAGUAUCAAGCACCCACUGAAAUACUACCAAAACAAUGUUCGCGGCUUAAUUGAUCUCCUAAGUCUGCUAGACGACCAUGGAAUCAAAUCAUUCAUUUUUUCCUCUUCAGCAGCAGUCUACGGAACCCUAGCAGACGGGACCCCUCGACUGCGCGAGGAAAAUUGUGUUCAUGAGCGCGUAUCUUACUCCGCUGACGAUGGCAACGAUGUAUCAGUUGAACCAGGCUGCACGGGAAUCACAAACCCCUACGGCCGAAGCAAAUGGUUCGGAGAAGCAAUCCUCUCAGAUGUAUGCACUUCCGAUCCUUCCUGGACAGUCUUGUGUCUCCGAUACUUCAAUCCAAUCGGUUGCGAUGCAUCCGGCCUCCUAGGUGAAGAUCCACGGGAUUGCGCCUCGAACCUGUUCCCAGCUGCCGUGCGCGCGUUAACGGGCCAGAGUACUGAAUUGUGUAUCUACGGUACAGACUGGGAUACGCGGGAUGGAAGUGCUGUGCGCGAUUUUAUACACAUUACUGAUCUCGCGCGUGGACAUGUAGCGACUUUGUCCGCUGCGCAGGAAGGCAGGAUUUCUGGGUCUUUCCGGACUUUUAAUCUCGGUACUGGAACCGGUCAUUCCGUAUUGGAGGUGAUUGAGGCACUGGAGUCUGUUAGUCAGUUAGAAAUUCCGGUGCGGAUUGUUGGGAGGAGACCCGGUGAUGUUGGAUCUUGUGUUGCUACGCCCGACCGAGCAGAGCGUGAGCUUGGAUGGAGGACGGAGAAGUCGUUGCAGGAUGCUUGUGAGGAUCUUUGGAAUUAUCUUAGAAUAGACGCUGAUCAGAUUCAGAAGGAGUCAAGUGUUUGCUAG